AUGGCAAGCAAGAUUGUUAUUGUUGCCCUCCUUUCGGUAGCCAUUGUUGGUGUUGUUUCAAUUGCUCCCGUUGCUGCAGGCGCUGCUGCUACCAAAACCGACGCUGCAACAACCCCUGUUGCUGCCUCCUCACCCGCCGAUGAUACUGCAGAUGCUGCAGGUGCACCAGGUGACGCUGAAGGACCAUCCGGUGGUGCAUCAGCAACUGAGUCGAGCACUUCUGCUGAAUCACCAACUGUAGCUGCAAGUGGUGCUUCGGUUUCUGGAGUCGCAGUUGUUGGCAUAGCAGUGGUUUCGGCCGCAGUCACUGAUUAUUUCAUUUAA